AUGCCUCUCUUGGAUCCAGCCACGCCCACCAGAAACCCUCUGGUGGAUGCCAAUUCCGAUGAUGAAGCAGACCCAGAGCUGGUUGAGCUGCUUCGUCAGCACCUCGGCUUAAGUGGCAAGAAGAGCAAAGAUGUCCCCCCAGAGACCAAAGUCCUGGAGAACGCUCAAUACAUCUUUGACAAUGCCAUUGACGUGGCCCUGAACCCAGCCCAGACCAAGGAGGCGGCCGAGACGAUAUGGCAGAUGAUGCAAAAGAAAUCAUACUCGACCCAAACAUGGUCAGACCACGAACUUCAUCCACAGACCAAGGAUGAGGGGACGGUGGAUUUCAUCUUUUUGAUGGAUCUGCUCAAUUUCAGUUUCUGGUCGGGCGAGUCGGAGGAGUCGAGACGGUUCUGCAUCGAGUAUAGAGGGAGGCGGUGGACCGGAUAUUGGAGUUUGGUCGCCGCGAUUCAGAGAGCUCUGGAUGAGGACAUCCCAAUCACUUCGCCCGACUUCUGGGUCGAUGAAGAAAACUGCACAGAUGAAGUAUUGCGACAUGUGUUCCGCUCGGCGACGGACGAAGAUAUUCCAAUGUUCAAGGAGCGAGUCCAAUGCAUGCGCGAGGCAGGCGAAGUCCUCUGCAAUGAGUUUGGUGGUAGCUUUGCAAACUGCAUCGAUGAUGCCAACCAGUCUGCCGCUGGGCUGGUGAACCUGGUAACUGAGCACUUUGAAUGCUUCCGCGACGAGACCAUCUUCAACGGCAAGAGAGUGCGUCUCUACAAGCGCGCCCAGAUCCUGGUAGCCGAUCUGUGGGCUUGCUUCAAUGGCGAGAGCUUUGGCGAGUUCCACGACAUCGAUAAGAUCACCAUGUUCGCAGACUACCGCAUCCCUCAAAUGCUCCACCAAUUAGGUUGCAUGCGUUACUCGCCUUCCUUGGAGUCUCACAUUCGCAGCUUAAAGCCCAUCGUGUCCGGUUCAAACUGGGAAGUCGAACUCCGCGGCACCAGUAUUUGGUGCGUGGAGCUUAUCAGACGAGAAAUUGAGAAACGCCAUCCAGAGGUCAGAGCGGCUAGCACGAAGGGCGGGUCCCUUCCCAGCGACAACAUCGAUCAAGCAGCCAACAUUCAUGGUAUCAACGCGAUCUUGAUCGAUUUCUUCUUGUACGAUACGAUGAAGGUCUUGGAGAGGGAGAACAACGAGAGCAUUCCUCACCACCGAACUCGGAGCAUCUGGUAUUGA